CAGUGGUGAAAGAGUUAGAAAACCUGAAAGAAGCAGUGAUGAAAGCAGACGAUGGAGGAGGAGACACGAAGGGGAAGAAAUUUGAUCCAGAGGUACAUAUUGAAGACCAUCUGCCCGUUAGAGUAAACGAGCAGAGAGUGAGCAAUCUCUUGCAAUCGAUCCUUGUUGGGUUGUUGAUAUUUGCAGUACCAGUUCUCAGAAUGAUACCAACUUCAGUCCUAUGGGGUUACUUCACUUACAUGGCCGUUGAUAGUCUCCCAGGGAAUCAAUUCUGGGAAAGACUUCAGUUACUAUUCAUAACUCCUGGUCGUCGAUUCAAGGUUCUUGAAGGCUUACAUGCAUCAUUUGUGGAGAUAGUACCAUACAAGUCGAUUGUUAUGUUUACACUCUUCCAGCUUCUGUAUUUUCUGAUAUGUUAUGGAGUGACAUGGAUACCUGUAGGAGGAAUAUUGUUCCCAUUUCCGUUCUUCAUCCUCAUUGCUCUAAGACAACACAUCCUCCCGAAGCUUUUUGAUCCAUCUCAUCUCCAAGUUUUAGAUUCUUCAGAGUAUGAAGAGAUGGUUGGUGCACCACAAAGAAACUCCAGCUUCGGUUUCAAUGGGGAGUUAAGAGAGGCGGCGCUUCCAAUCAGUGUUGUUGAGAACAGUGAAGACGAGUUUUAUGAUGCAGAGAUCCUGGAUGAGAUUACUACUAGCAGAGGUGAACUCAAGCAUAGAACCUUAAGUGUCAAAGAAGACAGAUCCCAGAUGGUAUAUCCAGAAAACAGUGGACACUCAUAAUUAAGUCUUGCUUGACAAAAGGAACAAAUCCGUUUUGCUUGAAAGAAACCGCAGAUUAAAAUGGUACGAAGAAGAUGUGUAGAGGCGAUAGAAAAGCAAGUGAGCAGAUAAAGAUAAGGCAAAGAGAUGGAUGAUACAAGUACAACAAACUUUCUGAUUGUUUCUUCUACGAAACAUGUUUUUGGUUUCCUCACUUUUUGUUAUAUUUUGAUGAAUCAGUUUGCUCGUUACUUUUAUCUACCACACAACAACAACAACAAGAAAAAGAAAAAAGGAUAGAUCACACUACUAGACAAUUCUCUCAUU